AACUUGGCCUCGACAGAAAAAAGUGGAAAAAUGGCGUUACACUGGAAAACGUCUAUCCUGGAUAGUCUUGAGUGGCUGUAAAAAUCUCAUGUACUUGCAUUGUGAUCCUUUUUUGAAACUCGUAGCUCUUUUGUGUUGUGAUGUGUCCAUCCCAUUUGUUGUUCUCGAAGAAGAAGAAAACGAAGAAGCGAAGUCAACGGAGAGUCUCCAGAAAUCCUCAUCUUGAUAUCAUUUGAUCGGAUUGUGAGUUGCGAGGUAACAAUCAGUAUCCAACUUUCAUCAUGGUGGUCAACGAAGAUGAUGUGAUGAACAUCAUGGGUGGGAUGGAAAACGCUGGUGGGAUCAAACUGAACGAUCAUAAGCGGAAACUUAAGAACAGGUUUGAAAUCAGCCGGAAACUUGGCCAAGGCACCUAUGGGAAAGUCCAAUUAGGCAUAAACAAAGAAACGGGGCAAGAGGUGGCUAUUAAGACGAUCAAAAAAUCCAAGAUUGAAACGGAAGCUGAUCUGGUGCGAAUUCGGCGGGAAAUUCAAAUCAUGUCAUCCGUCCAACAUCCUAAUAUCAUUCACAUCUAUGAAGUCUUUGAAAACAAGGAGAAAAUGAUUCUUGUCAUGGAGAUCGCAGCCGGGGGAGAGUUGUACGAUUAUCUCAGUGAUCGCAAAUGUCUGGAUGACAAAGAGGCUCGGCGAGUAUUUCGUCAAAUAGCCAUGGCCACUUACUAUUGUCAUAAGAACAACAUCUGUCACCGCGAUCUGAAACUAGAAAAUAUCCUUUUGGAUGAAAAUGGUGGAGCCAAGAUUGCGGAUUUUGGACUGUCAAAUGUUUACGACGGGAAGACCCUUUUGAGCACGUUUUGUGGUAGUCCUUUGUACGCCUCACCAGAGAUUGUUCGAGGUUGCCCUUAUGUUGGACCAGAAGUGGAUUGUUGGUCAUUGGGAGUUUUGCUCUAUACCCUGGUGUAUGGGGCCAUGCCGUUCGACGGGUCAAAUUUCAAACGUUUGGUCAAGCAAAUCACCACAGGAGACUAUUAUGAGCCUAAGAAACCAGCCAGCGCAUCGCAUCUGAUUCGAACCAUGCUGACGGUCAACCCGGACAAAAGAGCUAAUAUAUCGGACAUUUGUGCUCAUGAUUGGGUCAAUGAUGGCUAUCCUGAGUCGUGCCUUAAGGAGGCUGAACAUUUGGCCAGUCUCACCCCUGUCAGAUUGGAUCUUCUCCUGUCUUUGGCACCUCCUUCCGACAAAGAAGAGGUCGUGGUUCAACAAGAAGAGGAUGAACCACCCAAUGUUCCUACCAUUAAUGAGCCUGAUGAAGGAGCCAUGUUUAUUGAGGAACUUCCUCCGGAAUCCGAGGUUCCCAAUGAUUUGGAAGAUGAACAUAGUGAGGUCAGUGUGUCAGAGCCGCCCGAUGAGGCGGCGAAACCAGUAGCCAAGAAACGGAAAGAAAAGACGAAAAGGAAGCUGAGAGAGACGCCCAGUAUGCUGGAUCCGAGUUUGACAGCCAAGAAGAGGGAACCUCAGACCCCCAAUGGAUCCCAACCGUUAGAGGCAAUGGAAGUCUGUGAUAAUCAAAAUGGCCCCAAGGACAGAGUGGCCUCGCCCAACCUCAACAAGCCGUCCGGGGCAAAAGAUAAAGGAGCUGCCAAACCAAAGAAAAAGAAAGAGAUCCUUGAAGGACAAUCGGAGGCGGCAGUUCCACAGCCUUCAUCUAAACCACAACAACCAAAAAAAGCACAGCAUCCUCCGACGCCCCCUAUAAGAACCGUCGGCAAUGUCCAGAACAAGGCUUUUCAACCAAAGGACGCGAAUAAGGCCCAAAGUGACGCAGUUCCACCCCUCGAACCUAUGGUGAGACGGUCCUCUCAGAAAAGAAGCGCCAAGGAUCAUCAUCAAGCGCCCAAGGCCGAUCAUGACACCGAACAAGCUCAGCAACCUCGCACGAUGUUGGAAAGACCCAACACACCGAGGGGAAGAGCGCCAAGCCCGGAACUGGAAGAAACCAAAGCGAAACUUGACACUUUAGUGACACCCUUACCUCCUCCCAAAGUGCCCGAAUCCAGCCAAAUCAGUAACCCGGUGGCAAAUGAGGCACGCAAAUUAGACAAUGCUGGGAACCCAGGCCUUGAUGAGCACACCUCACCGGAGGUGCCUCAAAUGGAGGUUGUUACUUCAGCCCCAAACAUGAAGAAACGAGUUGAGAUGCCGGAAUCUUCGCUUCCAGUCUCCCACAAGGUCCCUAAGCGAGAUUCGCACCCCGCCAAUCCUUCUCACAUUCCAAAUCAAAGCAUUUCAAUUCCAAAACCAACUCCAGACCCCCCAAAGCAACAAACAUUGGCCGGCUCUCAAGAUAAUCCUCCUCCUUUAAUCAAUAAGGCCGUGCCCAAGAUUGAGGGGCAAAUGGAUACCCAUGCUUCAAUGAUGAAUGGCCAUACACUUAGUGGUGUUUCAUCCGUUGAAUCUGGUUCAGAGAUACCUAGAGGGGAACCAAAUACAACACCAACAAUCGACACAAAACUAACACUUUUCACUGCUUCACCUAAUGACUCAAAAUCCACUUCGGCUCCUCUCCCGAAGACAAUACCCUUUGAGCAAUCUGACAAUGGGUCCCCUACACGAAAAGACGGUGAACAAAGGGGACUCAUUAAUUCUGUCCCCAAGCCCUAUAUUGUAGAAUCAUCCCAACCUAUUGAGAGACCCGUUUCACCACAAGUGCCGAAACUACUCGAGCCUUCUGACCCGGUCACAAGUGCGACCUCAGGGAGCCGCAAAGAGCGCUCUCCCGAUUCAGUUGGCUCUGCUGUGUCCCUUUCCUCUUCAGGAUCCAACCAUUCCAUUCCGACCAAAACAGAAACAACCCCCAAUGGGACUGAAAUUAAGAUCCCAAACCCGACAUUGGCCGAAAAUAGAGAUUCCAAGGUCAUCAAGGCUGCCGCCUUUUGGAAUAACUACAUAGGUGAGGUGAUCUCCAAGGCCAAACCUCCUGACAAAGAGGCCGUCAGAACCUUAGACAAGCCCAAGAAGAUUGUCAGUGCGGGUGUUGGAAGCCGAGGAUUACAUGAUUUGAAAAAUCGCUACGAAAAUCCAAAACCCAAGAAAAUUGAAGAAGAUAAAUUGGCCAUCAAUCGUAGGAACUCGAAAAAGCUUAACUUGGAGGGCUGCUCUCCAGGUUUGAAGGUCAACGACGCGAAGAGCGUCUUUGAGACCAAAAGUCAACCACCUCCUACACCAUCCUUGUUUAGGAGGAAUAGUGUCAAUUCGACGUCGAGCUCCGGAUCUGGGUCUGGGUCCAAAUGGCGGCCCAAAAAAGACAACGAACGGCAGGACGAGAAAGGGUCCCUACCUUUUGGGACCAAGCAAGCCAACACCGCCCCCAGGACUCAGAAGCCUUCUCUUGGCAAAGAGCCUGCUCCCAAUUUCAACCCUUUGAACAUUCCAUCUCAAAUUAAGCCCAAGAAACCUCCAAAUGGGGCCAACUCAGCCCCCAUUCCAACAAUUACCCAAAGUCGGUCCAUGGACGACCAGACCAAAGGAAUGAGAGAGGAAGCAAAGGGUAAUGAGAAUAAGAGAAACAGUACCAUUGAGGACUCAAGUAACAUUGAGUCAGCAAUGCUGAGCAAAGCCAAUGAAAGUUUAGCAGCCUCCUCUCGCACUCGGCCUAUGAGCCCAAGGACCCCGAGUCCCAAGGCAACAACAAGUCCCAAGGCGGUAAUAAGCCCAAAGGCGGCAACAAGUCCCAAACCAAAAUCUAAAAAUGAAGAAGUUGGCUCAGUUAAAUACGAGAAAAACAAAGAGCAGACAGUUCUCCCUGAGGCUCCUAAGAAAGAAGGUGAGAUUAUGUUCAUUGCGCAAACGAGCCAUGUCGAAGUCAGACCCAAUUCGAACGUGGAUCAGAAAAGGCCUGCAGAGCUUACUCCUGUGGAGACUGAAAAGCCUCUUCCUUCAAGAUCCCAUCACAUACCCAAGCAAGACUCCAUCAAGUCGCAAGAUUCGGUGGAGGAUCAGGAGCGCGAAUCCAAACUGGUGGUUGUCGGUCAAUUGACCAGGGAACUGUUCAACGCGGAUCCUGUCAAAUUCAAGAAAUCAGUUCCAUCAAAACCAGAGGAAGCCCCCGUGACCAAAAUACUCAUGCCUGAGGGCUUCAAGUCCGUGUCGUCACCUGGUUCCCCUGCCUCUCACGUUACAUCGCCAACACAGAAGAGUCCACCCGUGGUGACACUGCCAGUGGUUAAGAUCUCUUUUAAGCCUGAAGCCAAGAAAACUAGUCCACAACCGGAAGUGAAAUCUCUCACCAAGAAAGUAACGCCCAAGGAGGUGUCCAUGGAAAUGCCAAAAUCAUUGCCGCCCCAAGAUACUAAUGCAGCCCCACACACGAAGAUUCAAGAGAAUGGCAUUGACAUUCCAACGGCGCCAAUUGCUCCACUGAUGCAAACCCAAGCUGAGGUGAGCAAACCAGGAAUUCCCAAGACAAAAACUAUCGAACCUGAACUGAAACCCGGUGAAACCGAAAACAAGCUUGAGGCCGUGAAGAGUUCAUUAAAGAAAAUCCCACAUGCUCCAGCUAAAAACAAAAAGAGCCCGGAGGAAGAGGAAGAGGGGAUGACUUUGGAUGUCAUUAUUUCGCCGCCUAUGGAGAGGAAAGUGUUCAAUGACAAGUCAGGAAAGGAAGCUCAUACUGGAACAGAUACUAAUUCUAGACCUUCCUGGAAACAAAGUCCUAAUGAGACUUCCAGCUAUCAGCCAUCCAUUUCAAAUGAGACCCCGGCCUCUUCGUCACGAGUCAACACCAAUAGUGAUCCAUCAUCCAUGGCCGGACAAAAGUCGGGCAAAGAAUGGAAGCGAAAUAGUUCUCCUGUAUUGGCCAGACCUGAGGCGACUGUUCAAGCAGGAGAGCGCAUCAUUCCAAUACAAAUUCAAGGCGCGGGUUCUUCACGGACUGAGCCCGAGAGCAAGCCUCCAAAGUCCCAAUCUGUCCCAAUUAGGGUCGUUAGUAAGGGAAUCAGCAAGCCUGAUCCAGGGGUGGAAGAUCAGGAUGAGGCGCUCGAAAAACAUGAUCAAUUUCACGGGGGUGGACUCUCUAGGAAUCGUUGGGGCAGUAAGAAGAAGAGGAUGAGUUCGGCUUAUAGUGAUUCAAGUAUGUCAGAUGACGACUCCUCUUUCGGGGUAGUUCCCUUAAGUGGUCUCCAAAAGUAUUCUUCCAUGGGCAAGCAUGGGCCUUUUGGGGAAGACUUCCAACUGAAGCGAACUCGCCCCCCUUUCACCAUGCAAAGAGCCGAGAGCUUUUCUUCUGAGGGUGAGGAUGACUUUGACGACGAUGGCAUGAGGGAGAUCACGGCGGAAAAUUUGUUUUCAACCUUAUUGAACCGAGUCAAGAGCCUGACGAAGCGGAUUCACGAUGAGCAUGAUCACCACGUGGCUUGGCAGCACACCAAUCGUCUCAUGAAUUCCAGCCUCAACCCUGGACGCACUCACGCUCGUUUGGAACGAUCGGCGCUGCGAAACUCGCAGAAACGAAGCGGGGCCAAUACCCCCAUCAACUUCUCCCGACAAUCUUCCCUGCGCGAUGAUGGGACCUCCUCACUACGUUCCAUGGACUCGUCCACUCUCGGGCAAACAGAUUCGCCUUCUUCCACCUUGGGAUCAUCUCGUAACAUGUUUAGAGGUACACCUCGUAAUACCUUAAAUGACCUUCAUCCAUCUUCCACGUUGAGCAAAGAGAUAGGAGAGACCACAGGUAAUCUGUUUGGAAAAAGGUAUGAUGAAGGUGACAAUGACAUAAGUGGUAGCAUAUCCAUCACCAGCAAGCAAAGACUAAGACCUGGCUACCUCCCACCACCCCAUAUUCCUCCAUAUAACCACUCUGGUAUAUCCUAUCCCUCUUCUGAUCCCUCAGCAAGAUUAAUUCCAAUUCGCGUGGUUGGGAACGAGACGACUUCAUCUAAGGCAGUAGCCGCACCAACAAUAACGACAUCCACUGGAUCAUUUUCGAGAACUGACAAUCAAGGAGCAGGACCAACUGCCAGUGUCUAUAUGACUCCUAUGAAGCCAUAUUCUCCGACCUAUCAGAGUAACUCCAUGCCAGAGAGUUCCACAAUCGGCAGCAAUGAACCCCGAGAGGCGGCCAAGAGACCCUCGGAAUUCAUCAAGACGGAGGCCAAGACUGAAUCUCAAACUCCUCGUUUUGUACCCCGGCGAGGUGAGGCAGUGAAGAGCCCUCAAUUUUCGUCCAUCAUUGAACCUCAGUAUAGCAAGUCUUUGGAGCAUCGCGUAUCAUCACCCAAACCCUAUUUGCCGUCUGGAUCCAUUCCAGAUGUGGUUCGACCAGAAACACCCAAAUCCCCCCCGGCCACAAUGAGGACCUUACCCUCUGAAGGUCAGUCCCUUCACAGAGCACUAACCCUAAAACAACAAUUGUCGGCGUCUCUUCCAAAUCAUCGGCCCAAAGGCUUGAAUCAAGCCUUGACCUCGGCCUCAACCCAUACACAUUCCACACCCUCUCAGAUCAGGCCCUCUACCCCAUCUGUUUACCGACCAGUAUCAUUCCAGGGCUACACUUCGCCCAUCCCCACCCUCUCAAGUAGCCCACCGGUUAUGGUCUCCCCUCCCAUUUCACCUCCCCCGAUGUCGCCACUACCAUUUGAGCCACCCAAAUCGGUCACUUCUCAUCGGCCCAUUCAGCCCUACCCUCCCCCGCCCACUUCCCCAAGCCAAGUGACUUCAGUCAGCAACGCUUUGACAGCGAGUCAAAAGUCAAGGCGUCAAAUUUUGCCCUAUGGAGGCGCCAAAAGUGAUGGAUUACUAAACCAGCAUGCUUUUGUUACGUGUAAUAUCAUUGCUGCUGCUGCGGACAAACGGAAGCGAGAUUCAUCUCGGUCUACCACUUCAGAGAUCCUUCCACUGGAAAAGGUGUUGGAACACUCCCCUCGUCAAUCUCCGCCCACUCAUCUGCCCUCCCCCCCACCCCUGAAAUAGGGAACCAAGUGUUGCGGCACAAGAAGGCGGUGGAGAAGAAGAGAUUGGAGCAUUUGCACAGGCAGUUUUCUUCCGAACUCCAAGAUUUGGAGCAAGACAUCUUACAAGCAUCCUUGAACAAAUUGAAACGAGAGGCC